AUGGCAUGUGUUGAGAAUCCAACUUUGAAAAAUAUUGAAAGCGGCAAUAUCAUUGAAGUUAAUACAAGUCCUUUCACAAUAGGCAGGGGUCUUGUUUGUAACUUUGUGAUUCCAAGCACAGUUGUAUCUAGAAAACACUGUUUCCUGGAGAAAAAUGAAGAAAGUAGAUGGAUUCUUCAAGAUACUAGUACAAAUGGAACCUACCUGAAUGGAAUUUUGAUUAAAUCCAGUAGAAGUUCUCCUCUGAAAGACAGUGAUGUUAUUGGGUUAUCACUUGAAAAUGAACAAUAUACAUUCCACUAUUCAUCACCAGAGGAUAUUUCAGAUGAACAGCUAUGUAUGAUUGCUGAUUCCGUAUUGCAAGAUGUUGAAGUUGUCACAGAAGAAGUGAUCACAGACCCAAUGGAAAACAUGAUCACUAUCCCUUCUGCAUUCACAGAAGACACCAAUCCUGAUAAAAAAAAUGAUGGGAUUACCAGUCACCAAGGUUCUGUGCCAGCAAAUCCCGUUAUGCUAACUAAAACAGAUAGGACAUCAAAUCCAGGGAUCAUAUCAUCUCUCAACAGUGUAAAGGAAAUGAUGAUUAUUAUUGAAAAUAACGAAAAUGGAUUGAAUCCCAACAAGAAGAUUAAAACAGGCCCUCAAAAUUCUGAGAAAAAUACUAGUAUUGUUGAUUUAACCAAUCAAUCCAUAUGCUCAAGAUCCUCGAUAAUAAUUAUAGAAAAUCCUCCUAGCACUGAUGAACCAGGGCCUUCUAAGGCUGAAAAUGAUAUACAAGUGAAAGAAGAACUUCCUGAUCAAGCAAUACCUAAAUCAUCCUCAACACAGGCAGUACAAGAUAAUAUUGAUGAAAUGGAGGACGAGAUGCAGUGCUCCAUAUGUUCCGAAAUGUUCGUGAAAGCAACGACACUAAACUGUGCACACACAUUCUGUAAAUUUUGUAUUGAAACUUGGAAAAAAAAUAAAUCAGAAUGUCCUAUCUGCAGAUGUCGAAUAACGUCAUUAACGUCAACAUUAGUAUUGGAUAAUGUCAUUGAGAAGAUCAUACAAAAUGCUCCGGAAGAAAUGCAAAAACAUAGGAAAGAGUUACUAGAAGACCGGAAGAAAGAGGAGUUGAAAAAACAAGCCACCAUGCCUUCUUCUAAAUCCAGAAGGGGAGGGCGGAAUCAUCGAAAUCGAGGUGGUUCAUCAAAUCAUGGUACAUAUAAUUACAAUGCAAGGGUGCCUCAAUCGUUGGCUGUUCCUGUAAACAAUACAAGGGUACUACAAGUUGUUCAUUCAUCUGGUGCACCUAUUGUACGCAAUGCUACUGUACCUCCAGUCGUAACCAAUCCUGUGAAUAAUGCAAGCGUGAUAGAAGUAGAAUCCAGUUCGGAAAGUUCUGACACUCAUUCAGAAACCGAUUCGGAAGCAUGGAGAGACGAAUACGAUAAUGACGAUUGGUAUGAUGAUGGGAUUCCAGGUGCAUAUUAUGGUGGAUAUGGCCACUGUUAUUCAUGUGGUUCAAGAGGACACUGGAGGAAUGGGUGCCCUUAUAGAUGA